AUGAGCCACUAUCCAUCCACGACGACGCCCAUAAGGACCUUCGGUUUUAGGGAGGUGUGCGAGGUCAACGGCCGCACCUUCACCAGGAGAAAAGGCACACAGCAAUGGACUGAGCAUACUGCUUCAAGCAGUAGCUCUAACCAAUCUCUUCUAUCCCCACCCCUCUACCUAUCUCUCGUUCAUCAGCGACAAGGUCAAGGGGAACCUCUGCAUUGGUCACUCUUUGUUUCCCGUGAGAACCAACCCGGAUAUGUCUUUCAGGUCAAGGGAGAUGCAGAGUACAUGAGCUACCUACCUUCGGAUGGGGUCGUUAAUAUUGUCCAAUCUGGCUCUUUUUUGAACAUCUAUCAUCUAGCCGCUGUAACCGAAGAACAGCAGACGGUGGUGAGCGAUGUCGCAGCGGCAGAGGUUCCCCCCAGAGCGAAAGAUCGCAAAUCUGUGAUGGAGAACUGCCAAGGUUGGACUAUUCGUGUUAUCACCAAGCUGGUUGGAUUGGGGUUGGUUCCAACUGCGAAACUUGAAAUGGCAAGGUCCAUGCUUGAGCCGGUCUAA